AUGCGUGUUCAAACUACACUCGGGUCUCUAAUCCUCAGCGCUGGCCUCUGCGCCGCUCGCGCUUGUGCUCCUCACCCUCAAUCAACGACAGCAACGUCGUCAUGGACCAGCGAAACAGAAACCGCAACAUCUGCAGGAUCCGCAACUACCGAGAUCGUACAGAUCACUACUGGCGCGACCACUGAAGAAACAACGAUCGUCACUGAGUCCAACACCGCCGUCGAGUCUUCCGUAACGGUAUCAAGUUCAGGUUUUGAGACAUCGACCAUUGAGGUUACAACCUCUGUCGCCGAGGUACCAACUAGCACAACCGAAGGCUCAGCUACCACCACGACAUCUCCUGCGCAGAGCGUACAGAGUCCACCCAACGGUAAUUUCGAAGAUCCUACCCUUGACCCAUGGGAGUCCACAGGAACCACAGCAGUUCUCGCCAAGAGCAACGAAUGCUACGAAAAGAACCAGUGCGCCAAACUCCCAGGGCCAUACAGCGGAAACACCGCCAAAAUCUGCCAGCGCGUCGAAAUUCAGCAGGGCUACGAGUACACUUUCGCAGCCCAUGUCAGACAGACUUGUACUUAUUUUCACUCUGGAGAACAAGAAGACCUCGAUUGCAGCCCUUUCGUCAACUUUGUUCAACUUACCAUCGAUGGUGUAUCUUCGUCAUCCCAAGGAGUGGAUUGGGAUAAUCAGUGGCAUCAAUACUCCGACACCUUUCAGUAUACUGGCCCAAGCAUUGACUCGACGGAUCUUUGUAUUGAGGGUCUUAUUAUGCAGGGCUCAAUGUACAACUUCUUUGUUGAUAGCGUUUCUCUUGUGCGUGGGAAGUCUGUGCCUAUCCCCGAGGAGUCAUAA